AUGUAAACAUUGUAUAGUUGUGUUUUCUUACCGUGAAGAUUGCAGUCGGGCAGGGCGAGCAUUUAAGGUUUCAACAUAAAGGGUCUGCCACUACGUACAAAAUGUCUAUGGAAGAUCCAUUUUUCGUCGUGAAAGGGGAGGUACAGAAGGCCGUGAACACUGCCCAAAGUCUGCACCAAAGGUGGAGUGAGCUACUUCAGAACCCUGGUAGCUCCUCCACAGAGGAGGUAGACUGGACAACCAAUGAAUUGAGGAACAGCCUGAGAUCCAUUGAGUGGGACCUGGAGGACCUGGAUGAGACUAUCAGUAUCGUUGAGUCCAACCCAAAGAAGUUUAACUUAGAUGCUGUAGAACUUGGAAAACGUAAGGCAUUCAUCACAAGCACCAGACAGACAGUCAAGGACAUGAAAGAUUAUAUGGCCAGUCCAAUGGCUCAGGCAAUGACUGAAAAGAAAAAUCGUCAGACUUUAGUUGGUGGUAGCGGUUCCCAGGGCCCAAUCUGGCAACCUGGAGAUGACAAGUAUACUCCUCUGGAUCGGGAGCUGCAUACUGCCAACUCCCAGUUUAUUGAGGAGCAACAGACCCAGCAGCAAUUCAUAUCUGACAAGCAGGAUGAGCAACUAGAGCUUGUGUCUGGGACCAUUGGUGUUCUCAAGAACAUGUCUCAUAGGAUUGGCCAGGAGUUGGAUGAACAGGCAGUAAUGUUGGACGACUUCUCCCACGAAAUGGACAGCACCCAAUCCAGACUGGACAAUGUCAUGAAAAAGUUGGCUAAGGUCUCCCACAUGACUAGUGAUCGGCGUCAAUGGUGUGCCAUCGGUGUUCUGUUGGCAGUUAUUUUUGUUGUCAUCCUCCUUUUCAUCAUUUUGUGAUCACUACUUGCAGCACUGACCAACUGCACUACCACCACUCCAGAUUCUUACCCUUUCCCACACAUAGCUCUAACAGGAUUUGCUGAUCGAUGGUGCUGUGAAAAACAUUUCUUCAAAUUGACACAGCUCUCUGUUGACCUUUACAUUGUUGCCUUGGAAGUCGCAACUUGUCAUACGCCCAACAUUCUAUCGCUGCUCACGAAUUAUUACUCUAUAACUAAUGGGUCUGUAAAAAGGAACUGUUUUAAGCUGGUUUGUGGUAACUCCAAGGACUUUACUCGACAAUGGUAUUGGGAGCAUACUCACCAGCAGUGGAAUACAGGAAGAAUUUUUAGAUGCUCAUGGUUCAUGUCACUUUAUUCUGUGUUCUUUAGUAUUUUAAGUAAUAACACUACACCUAAUUACUAUCCCAUAAGAAAUUAAUCUAGGGCUACAAACAUUGACCUCUCUUUACCCGUUUGCUAUAUUGCUGUUUGCAAAUAACUACUCAAAGUAUUGAACCAGCACACUGGAUUUAUGAUGCCCAGGGAAUAGAGUUCAUAGUGGGUUUUUACAGACGUCACUUGCAUUUAACACUUUUUUUUUUUCUAGUUUGGUAUUGUUUGCUAAUUAUGGGAACUCUAAUGCAAUACAGAAUUAGUUAAGAUAACAUCAGAAUUGGGGAACACUAAUGCAAUGAUGGUAAUAAUUUAAUUCUGGACACCUUAGGCAGAUUGAUGUGCAGUUUUCUUGUUACCAUAAGAAGCUAAAGGUAUGUCUCGAAAGGUACAGAAACUACUGAUCGUGUAGAAUCACGCUGCUGGAGAUGGGAUGGAUAAAGGUUGGAGAAAACCCAGCAACUGCUGCAAUGUCCCAGACCAACAUAAGCAAGUGCCUUAGAUUGACAUGGGAAAGGGUCUAGUCACAUUUUUUUUCGAUUAACAAACCACUGUGAGGGAUUUAUAACAAAUGCCCCUCUCUUUCCCUUAUCCCUUUAUCCAAAGCAAAAGAUCCGACAUUAAAUGUGAAAAUCUAUGUAAACACCUCCUUCCAAUAACUGGUGUGAGCCCUCCAACAGAAAUGACUGAACCUUUUUCAGGAGCUGUUGAUCAGUAAUGCACAACAAUUGAGAAGAAUAUCAUCCCAGAACAAGUUCAGUUCUGUGAUGUCAGUGGCUUUUGCUGCGUUCAAUUUGCCUCGCAAAUGGUAACUGGGAAUGGCGUCAUCUGAGGAAAAAAAUUAGUUGAAUGCGUUCCAGUUGCUAACACAUCGCAAGAACAAGAUGUUACAGUUUGUUAGCAAUUGUCUCUGGUGAGCAAUUGUUACCAGAUAUAGCAAUGCCAGUUCAUAACGUAGCAUUACACAGUAUUUUACACAAACAAAAGUCGUAACAACAUAGUGACAGAUAGUGGUUGGACACUAUUGUUUCUACAACUGAUGUAAUGAACACAAAUAGGACAGAACUGCUAAUAAGCAUCUACAGCUCUCAUUGACUAUUAAUGGGCGCUGCCAUCUUGGAAAUUUGAACUCUGGGUACUCAUGGUUUGAAAGAGUUGACUAGUAAGUAUUAAAACUUAAGGGGGCAAUCCAUUUGCAACUUCCUGUUCGGAACUGGGAAAAACAGCUUACGAGUACAAAUGGAAUGCACCAUUUCUCCCAUGACCAUUAUUUUCCAGGUUCUGCUACUGCAUGUGUCAGAUUUGACUCCCAUUUGUUAAGGUCCAGACUUUGACUCCCAAAAUGUUUACUGCCUAAAAUUCUCUCGUCGAAUGAACUUCAGACUUCAGCUCACAGACAGUCUGCUGACUACUUUCUUAGCGAAAUGCAUAAUUCAUAGUUCUGUUUUGGUCCUGAGGCAGAAAAAUGGACACUCAGCACUAUCUAAUAUGGUGUUCAUCAGUCCACUGUGAGGACUACUUAAACUCUAUAUGGAAAAAAUUGUUAUAUUGCAUCAUGAAUUGUUUUUGCUUUUGUUAAAGGCACAAUGAUGAUCAUGGUUUAUUAAAUUGAUAAAGAGAUGUCUGUCUCAUGGUUUACAGGGUUUAUUGACGGUGCAAUGAGUGGCAUAUUGAUCUCUGUGUCGCAUAACCACAUAAGUCCUGGACUCCAAUUAUUGAAAAAGCUGGCACUCGGACUUGUAGAUUUAUUUGUGCUCCAUAAACACAUUGAGAUUCAUUUCAGCUAAUAAGUGAGAACUAGCUGAAAGCCGUGCAAAUGUGUGACAUACUCAAAGAUGUGGAGGGGAAGGGCAAGGUGGCCAGAUGGAGAUGCAUUGCAAUUUAUGUUUUCUUCAUUACACUAUUUGCUGUAAUAUACAGUAUUGAAUAUUUAAGGUUAUGUUUUGUUGUAUUGCUUUAAUUCAGAACAAGUCUGUAUGUUUUCUGUAGUAGAUUAAUGUGCAACAUUUUAGGAUACUACAUCCUCACCGUCUUAUUUGUUAAUGUUAUUUUCAUACAUUUCAGAAACUGACUGAGACUUGGUUGGGAAGAAUCCCUUAAGCAUCAUUUUGCAUUUUUUGUUUUGUUUGUUUUAGUCUGUUAUUUUAGUGUAGUGUAUUUGUCCUUCAUUCAUAUAGUGAAAAAGUAUUUUAGACUCCAUCAUUGACAGUUGUGAUCUUUGACUGUUUUGUGUGGAGUCACCUCUCAAAACUCUGAAUUAAAGACAAGUCAGAAUUA